UUCGUUCAAUUUCGUUCAGUACUCUAGUUGCAGUUCACUGGAUGUCCGAUAGGUGGCGGUAUAUUCAAACUUCUACGAAACAAAACCCAAAUCAGAAGAGUCGACGAAGUGCAGAGCUAUGAGAGGUUAUUCCAUCGUGACUGGUUGGAGUGCCCACAUGCAGAGCCUGGUGGUGCAGGUACUUGCCAUGAGGCAGCUGGGCCGGCUGAACCCUCGUCACCUGCUGGCUGCUGGAUAUGGACUCAGGCUGACCGAAUGGUGCCCACGAACCAUUCACACCCGCCAACUGUGGGGCUGCUCCGCUUUCCCAGCGUUUGGCGCUCACAGACCUUCUCUCAGAGGCAGAGAUGCUGUCAAGGCGUGGUCGGUUCAUCAUCUGAGGUUUAAAAGCAAGAAGAAAGGCUCUUCCAGGGCUACGCAGGAGGAGGAGGAGGAAGAGGAUGAGGAUGAAGCUGACUCAGAGGACAGUGAUUAUGAGGAUGAUGACCCAAAUUUACCCAAGGACUAUAAGGAUAUGGAGAAAUAUGUGCAGUCUUUUCGCUAUGAUUUGAUCUUAAAGUCUGGCCUGGACAUCGCACGCAACAAAGUCGAGGACGCCUUCUACAGCAACAAGCUUCACCUAAACGGACAGAGACUCAUCAAGAAAAGUAAAUCGAUUAAAGUUGGGGACACCUUGGACCUUGUCUUGUCAGAGAACAAGGAAGCAAACACGGUUACGCUGAUGCGAGUCGUCCUCAGAAAGGUUUUAGGUGAAUCUCAGGAUGGAGACAAACACAAAGUGUCCAUAAGGAGGUGGAAAUGUCUUGAACUUCCUAUGGACGAGGUAUUCAAACCAUGAACUCAGACUGACUGGUCCUACUAAGUAGUAGAAGACUGGAGUUUAAAUGGUCUUCGAUGCUCCAGAUCUCCAGGGAUGUGAUGUUUAUAGCUGCAGACAUUAAGUGGGUAAAUGGGAAACAUUCUAGCUUGUUUUGGGUUUCGGCUGUGAUACUCUGCCAAUAAAAGUAAAUGAUUAAAGUUGUGAACUUGAAA